AUCGUAGCAGAUCGUAUCCGAUCACGUCCGUCUUUGCAAUAAUAUUGAACGUAGAAAAUUUUUGAAUGAUCUUUAAAAAAAUCGCGAUCAGUUCGGAAAGGCCAAUUAAACUUGAAGUUCGCCACGGAUUCUAUCUGGGCAUGCGCGAACGACACUGCAGUCCUUUAUCCGGUUUUUUUUGUGAGAGUUUGGUAGAAAAAGGCAGAUUGGGAUACUCUACAUGUGGAAUUCGGAUCUCUCUUGCAUGCAAGGAUUGGUCGAGAACUCCGAAGCCUUAAAUUUAAGUGGAAGCGGCAUCUAUAGGUUUUGCCUUUCAGGAAACUGAUGCAGAUACAAAAAGUGAAGUCUUUUUUUUCAAAAUGAUAGGCCUACAAGUGACCAUACGAAGUACUGUGAUUGCGAUCUCAUGACAAACUUAAGAAGAAAAUAAAGAUUCUGUAUAUCUGAGAGGUUACUCACAAUUGCAAGUUUACUCAGUUUAGAACGUGCAUGACACCCACUAGCGAAAUUGCUUAUGCUUAUGCCAGACAGUAUAAGUCAACACAAUUGAAUGACAUUCAAUUUGAAACUGAGCAGGCGUAAACUUGUCCUCCGCAAUAUCCAUCUCGGAAAUGAUAUAUAUAUGGAUUGACAUGAUUAAAGAGUUUUUAACGUUAAGUGAAAUGCUGUGCGAGAGGUGGAAUUAAUGCAAGAAGUAUAUUUUGCUGAUUUUCCAUCAAGAACUGCAGUGAAAACUAUUGCAAUAUGUCUGGCCCUGUCGGCACAACGGUGGCGUCUGAAAUUUUGACGGAUGUUACCCCAGUCAUGAUAGCAGGAGACAGUGAGGACAUCGUCCUGUCGAGUCCUUAUUCUCCGGACGUCGUUAUUGUAUUAUCCUUGGCCAUAGCCGUGAUCAUCUUCAUGACCGUCGUCGGAAAUCUCUUCGUCGUCAUUGCGUUCUGCACGACAACCAAACUCCGCACUUACAACAACUAUUUCAUUUUGGGUCUUGCCAUCGCCGACCUGUUGGUCGGUGCAGUCAACAUGCCUCUCUUCGCUGUCGUAAUAAUCAUGGGACGAUGGCCGUUCAGUGCCGUCUUCUGCGACAUCGCCUCCUUCUUCGACCACGCGUUCGCACAAACCAGCAUGGUCCUUGUAACCCUCAUCAGCCUCGAUCGUUGCGUUGCUGUAUCGGACCCUUUCCGACAUCGUCGACACUGGCGACGACGGUCCCGUGCAAUCCUCAUCAUCGCCAUCAGUUACAUUCUCCCGUUCAUCGUUUGGUUACCUGUGACGACACUUUGGCAGAUCAUCAGCGGCAAUGACCAAAGGCCCUUUCCUGAAGAUGUCUGCCAACCCUUGUACUUCCAGAGUGUCGUUGCAAGCUUUGUCCUGCCCAUGGUUUGCUUCGUCAUCCUUUAUAUCCUAACGACAGCCCUCUGUGCCAAAAUUUACGCCGUCAUUAGAAAAUUCUACAAAGGUCGAAAGAAGAUGAGUCUUGCUACCGGGAUCACGCAGUCUCCGUCUUCCGGUGUCGACCGGCCAAGUGAUCCUGGAACUUGCAACAUAACUGCAUCGGUACGGACACUGGCUGCCACUGAGAGAGUUGCUGUAAAGGAAGACAUCAAAAGGACAAAGAAAAUUGGCAGUGAGAGCAUGAAAGGCGUUCGUACCUUGGCCUUUAUCGUUACUGCUAUGUGGAUAGCAUGGUUCCCGGCCAUGGUCGCCACUCUGACGUCACCAUUUUGUCCCACGUGCGUGCCGAGUAUAGUUCUUUCGGUGGUAAUAUUCUGGGGCUUCAUGAAUAGUAUGGUCAAUCCGAUAUGUUACGCUCUGGCAGACGAAGCCUUCAAAGACAGUUUCAAGAGGAUUCUCACCCUGCGAUGUCUGAAGAUUGACAGUAGGGCACCAUCAAUUUGAGCGAAGAAUUGCAUACAAAAAAUAAAACAAAACAUGCACAGGCCUACAGCCUUGAUCUACUGGGGGGGGGGGGCAUAGAGUCACGCAAUGUGUCCCUCAAUUAUGUUCAACGUUUGUAUUUAAAAAAAAAAUGAUUUCGAUUAGUGAGUCAAGAAAUUGCACCAAAAAAGCUUAUAUCCCGAUCUGCUUCAAAACACACAGUAUCUCACAUUGCGUUCAAAGUCUUUAACAUAAUAUGAAAACGAUUAGAACCAGGAAAUGACUAUAUACAAAAAUGACGACAGCCUCAAUAUAAUGCACAUAAGGGAAGGCCCACCGUGUUGUCAUAGUGUGUACACAUCAAGUGUCAUAGUUUUGGUCACAGUAACAACCCUUUGAAACACAACAUGAUAUCAAUUUGAGUCAACAAAUUACACAAUUAUAGACUACAUCCUCGAUAUGCUGCAAAAACAGUCACCCACAGCGUAUUCUACAGUGUAUUCACAGUUAAGUUUACAGUGUGGUUCACGGUUUGCUUUGGAACAUAAAGUGAAAUCAAUUUGUGCCAAACAAUUACACAACAAAUAAAUUACUACAUCCUCGAUCAGCUGCAAAAACCUAGUGACCUACACUGUGUUUCACGGUGUGUUCACAGUAACCUACGUUUAAAGUGUGGUUCACAGUGUGAUCACAGUUAGGAACGCAAUGUAAACUCGAUUGAAGCCAACAAAUUGCACAAUAAUUGACUAAAUCCUCGAUCAGCUGCAAAAACACAGCGAUCUGCACUGCGUUUUACAGUCAGUGUGUUUAAUCGUUCGUUCACAGUGUGAU